GUUUUAUAAUGAAAAAUUAAAUUUUAUUAAGAAAAUAAGAUAAUUAAAAUAAAAAUGUCUGCUGUAGCUAUAAUGGAUGUGAACAAUAUAUGCCGUGUGUGUUUGCGCUGUGAAUUAGAUAUGAAAUUUAUAUUUGAACGACAAGAAAAUCCAACAAUUGCACAAAUGUUAAGCGAGCUAACAAUUUACAAGAUACAACACUUUAAUGAAUUGCCGCAUUUGAUAUGUUCAGAUUGUUUAAGUUUAGUAAUUAGUGCAUAUAGAUUAAAAGAAAAAUGUGAGAAAUCUCACAGAACUUUAAUUGGUAUGCUCGAUAAUCAACAAAAUGGCUUAUCUGCAAAUGUAACUUGUGCUAGUUUCACAAAGGAUACAUUGGAAAAGGGAACCCAAACCCAAACGGAAGACACAUUUAUGUAUCAUUGUGAAUAUUGUGAUGAAACAUUUAUUACUGCCCAUGCCUUGAAGCUGCAUCGUCAAAAUAAACACAUUGAUAGUUCGAUAACUUGUCGCUUUUGUUCACGUUCCUUUGAACGUAUGGAUGAUUUGAAAACACAUAUAUCUGUUUUUCAUCCCCAAUCUGGUUACAAAUAUUAUAAUGAGUGUCGUAUCUGCAAACGCCAAUUUAUAAAGAAAGCACAUUUGAAACAACAUAUUGAAAAUAUGCACAAGUUUCUGGAAGUUGAAAUCAAAUCACCUAAGGAUCGGCAAGUAGACAUUAAUGAGGACGUCUUGCUUAUUUCCGAGGAGUCUAAUACAACGAAAAUUAGCUCAGAAAUAAGUGAGGAUGAGAAAGAAAUGUUCAAUUUAUUUGAUUUGGAAAAUUUUGGACAUUUAGCAGAUGAUGAAGAUGAAAUCCCUUUAAACUUGUUAAUAGAAUCGACCGCUACAACACAAAUAAUAGAAGACGUUUUAAAUAAAUCAUUUGAUGAAAAUACAGAAACAUCAGAAGAUUCUCAGAAUUCUAUAGAAAUUGAAGAAAAUAAUAGUACAGAUGACAAUUUACUGCCAACUAAACAAGGCAGAGCUAAUCCACCGAAAAAAUGUACCUCUAAGCAAAAAUUAUUUGAUAAGGAUUCUACUCACAAUUUCUCAAAGAACUUUACAAAUACUAUACAAAAAAGAAAGCAAAUUGGUGGAAGGCAUUCGAAAAAACCUCUAAGAUGCAAAUAUUGCUCGAAAUACUUCGAAACUAAUUUAGUAUUACAACAACAUAUAACAGAAGAUCACGCACAAGGCAAACAACGACUUUCUUGUAAAAUUUGCAGCAUGAAUUUUAGUUAUAAAAAGGCAUUAAAUAAUCACUUCUCCAACUAUCACAAAGAUAGUGAACAAACAAAUACCAAGGAUAUGGAUAAAUUAUUUUAUUGUACAAAGUGUGAAAAGAAUUUUAGUACAAAAAACUCCUUACAAAGGCACACAGAAAACCAUGAUAGAAAACGUUUCGUUUGCAAAGAAUGUCUUCAAGAUUUUUCGAGCAAGGAAGAAUUAAAUAGUCAUGCUAAGGCCGAAGGACAUGAUAAACCACUACUAUGUCCGGAAUGUGGUUUGCGUUGUAAAAGUAGUAAUAUUUUGACGGUACAUUUGAGAAGGCACAAUGGUGAGAAACCAUUUAAAUGUAAAUUUUGUAGCAAAGGAUUUCCCCGCAUAGAUGAUUUAAAGAUACAUGAAAAAUACCACACGGGUGAAAAAUCUCAUUUUUGUGAGACGUGCGGUAAGGGAUUUUUUCGCAAAUAUAAUCUACGAAUUCAUUUACGUGUCCAUACGGGUGAAAAACCUCACAAAUGUCCACAUUGUCCACAAGCAUUUGCCCAAAGUAAUGAUUUAAAGGCUCAUAUACGUCGUCAUACCGGUGAACGCUUUCGCUGUGAAAUUUGUAAUGCUGCAUUUCUGCAAGGCUAUCAAAUACGUCAACAUAAAUUACAGGAGCAUGGCAUACAAGAAACACCGCCAACGCAAAGGGUAAAAAAAUUCACUUCUCUGGAAGAACAGAAAGAACAAAUAAAACAGAAUCUACAAAAGGAAUUGGUGUAAAUUACAUUAUAAAUAAGGUAAUAUACUAAUUUUGAAGAAAUAAUAUAGUAAUUCACAACUUUCAUUAAAUAUAUUUUAAUUACGAAAUCUA